AUGGGUCUAAUUCUGCUCGGAAUCGCUAUGUUCGACUUGUCAGAUACCCAAGCAGCCAGAUGUUCCCAGCUCAACGCACGUUUCCAUCUGCCCAAAUGUUUCCAGCGUAUCCAGCGUACGGUUGAUGGUCAGUUAUAUGUCUAA